GAAAACACCUUGCAGUCACUUCCUCAUAUGACGUCAUCCAGGACAAACCAUUAUUGGCAGCGGGGGUUUUUCGCGCACGGGGAUGAAAACAAAGGGAGAAGAGGGAGGAUUUAGACGGAAACUUCGUAGGUACCAGGUGUAACCAGCACAGGUAUGGCGAACGGUUCUGACGACAGGAAGCGACUGCGAAGGUUCUUCGUGUCUCACCUGGACGCAAAUGACGUGGCAGGUGUGAGCUGGCUGGACCGAAGUGAGGGACUGUUCAGGAUAGACUGGCCUCACGGGGGAAGGAGCGGGUUCAACUCCGAACGGGACGGACUCAUAUUCAAGCUCUGGGCCCAGAAGACAGGCAAAUGGAAACCGGGAGAAGAGGAAAACCCCACCAUGUGGAGCGAGUGGAAGACGCGCGUGCGCAACGCCCUCUUCAAGCUGAAGGACUUCCAGGAACAAGAAGCACUUGGAAACCCGAACGACCCGCGGGAGCCCUUCCGGGUGUAUAAACUCCUAACGCCACCCAAGAGUGUGUCACAAGAACAAGCAGACGACAUAGGUCUGUCCAGCGAGGAAACAUUGGAGUAUUUCAACGAUCUUGACGCCCUUCUGUCGACAAAACCUGAUACACCCGGAUCUAAUGAGGGCGCAUGCGCACCGACACAGCCAAUGAUGUUAAACAUACCCGUUGGGAAUGACGGUGCUCAGACCAACGAUCAGUCCAUGCCGUCCUUAGAAGACUUUGGAAUCAUCACACCGAUACAGACAGCUAUCCCCGAGCCCAGCCAGGGCGCAUGCGCGAUGCCUCAGCCACUCAUAGCGAACGUACCACCGGAGUCCUGUGCCCAGCCUGUGGACCAAUCAACGGCGUCCUUACAAAGGGAACUUUUUGGGCCGUUUUCGAAUUUCCAAGAUUGUGAGGUGCAGGUGUGUGUACUGUACCGUGGUGUUCAGGUGAUGGACCAGCCCUACACCGUCCCGACAGGCUUCAGGGUCUUCCACGGCUCCCAUGUGGAACAGAUGGCCAGCAGACAUGCAUGCCAGAUCUUCAGCAAAGAUGGCGAGAAGUUGUUCGGACCAGAGAACGUGGUGCCAGUCCCUCUGCCCGACUGUACACCUCACACGCUGACCCCGAAACAGCGCGACUCCACCCUGAAGCUGCUCAACGGUGCCAAACGCGGAAUACUCUUCCAGUUUGACGGCUGUGGAAACAUCUGGGCCUACAGACUCUGCGAGACUGCCGUCUACUGGCUCGAUCCUAACUCAUCCCAGGCCCCUAUCAAGCUGGAGCGAGAAACCCCCACCAAAGUCUUCGACAUUCUGCAGUUCCUAGAGAUCCUGCAAGGCUACGCCACUGACACUACCGGCAGCAAGAAGAAGCCUCUGCCCUACUUCAAGUUCUGCAUCGGGCAGUCCUGGAAUCUCGAAGAACCCUUCGAGAAGAACCUUGUCUCCGUGACGGUUUACCAGAAGACGGCGGCCGAGCAUCUUGAGACGGUGAGACAGAACAAGGACAAGACGUCUCUCUCCCUAAAGUUUUCCGAGCCAACCGAAGACGACCACCUGGUGGCAAACCUCGAGCAGCUCAUCGCCAACCUCAGCCUGCAGCAAAACUCCCCACCGCCUCCUCUCAAUACUGGCAUGCAGUGAAGACUGUUUGUUUUAUUUGAUAAUAAAUCAUAUCUUGCACUUCCACAUCAAAGACGAGUUCCAAGACUAUAGCGUUUGAGAGAAGAAUUAUAUCAAUUUAGAAAAGAUGUUGUUAAUUAAUAAAUUUCAAGUUGUACCUGCAUGUUAACUUGAGCCAAAGUAGCUCAUGUUACGUGGAUCAACAUACUAAAGUUGUACAGGAAAUAUAAGACACCCCAGCAAUUAGAUUCGUGCCUUAACAUGUAAUUAGAAUAAUUAUAAAGCUAUGGCUUAAUUAAGUUGAC